AUGACUUCGAGGAAAGGCAACUCAUCUAGGGAUUCAAUUCAAGGAUCUAGUCAAGUAACAGAUCCUGGAGGCUCGCAUCGACCCCGUAGCAAAAUCGGUCAGUUUCUAAAGAAGCUUAAGGAAGAUACGAAAAAGUUAAGGACGCGCUCGAAGGAUUCCCGCAGCCAAGUCAGCUCUGCUCCUUCCAGCAUCUCUGUGCUCUUUCUAAAUGUGAUUGCUGCGCGGGUUCAGGCUGCUCCAUCUAAUGUGGAAAUCGAGGCUGAUACUGAAUCGGCACUUCGGGCAUCUGUCGUCGAAGGCGGACCAGAGGAUCUCGAUGCUGCUGACGAAUUCCAGGACACAUAUCUCAAACCCCUCAGGAUAUUCGACGACGUUAUCGGGAAGAUCGCUGAUUUACAUCCAUAUGCAAAGAUGGCACUGGGCGUGUUGUCUUGUACUGCCAAAAUCAUUCUAGCUCAAGCGGAUCGUGACGCAGCGGUACUCCAACUUCUGAAGAAGUUGUGCGAAGUUUACGACUUCAUAACACAAGACGGGAAGCUUGACAAAAAAUUGUCUAUGCGCGCUACUAGUGUUCUUGGAAAGAUUUCUAAGCAGAUACGUGAAUGCGCCAAUUUUAUCAACAACUAUUCGGAGACAAGCAACUUUUGGAAAAGACUCGGAAAGAACGUCGUCUCGGAAACGACAAAUACGAUCCAAAAGUACAACGACGUGUUAGAUAGGCUCAUGGACAACUUCCGGCACCAGGUUUUGCUUGAUGUAGCCGUACAGGUCGACGACAUAGACAUACAGGUCCAUCAUAUAGGACAAAUACUGGAGCUCAGCGGUAUGACCUAUGCAGAGGGCGCGGGAUUCGAUACCAGGAAAGAAUGCCUACAAGGAACGCGCACGGAAAUACUUUCUGACAUUACGAAGUGGGUCAACAGUACUGGGAACAAUGUUCCACGCGUGCUGUGGCUAUCUGGCCCUGCAGGCAAGGGAAAAUCGGCCAUCGCACACACCAUUGCUAAGUGGUUCAACGACGUGGGAGGGCUUGGUUCAUGUUACUGUUUUGACCGCCAGCGAGAAGCAGAUCGUCGCCAUGAAAAGAUCUUUUCCACGAUCGCACGCGACCUGGCUGACCGUGACCCGAGAUGA